AUGGGCCUCCUCGGACACCACAAGCAGGACGACAACCAGGUCCAGUUCAACCUGAAGCCUCUGACUUUGGCUGACCUGCCUCCGGCCGGCGAUACGGAGGCCUUCACGGCAUGGCUGGACAAGUACUUUGCGGCCGGUGAGAAGCUGGCCGAUAGCAUGGAAGCCAGAAGGGCGAGCUCGAGAUUGUCUCCCUGCCGAACAACUCCAAGGUACGUCCUUCCUUCCCACCUUCCUCUCGCCUCCGCACAUAGUCAUAGGUCACAUUACCUCCCACCGUCGCAGCUCAUCCCAAGUCGAGCAACAGCUAAACUCCAGCUGCGCAAGUCCAUCGGCGUGUCCGAAUACUGGUGCGGCCGGAUAUCAGUGCACACGCCCGAAUCGAUCCUGCGCGACGUCGAAGCUCCCGAGAGCCUGUGGAACAACCUGACUCGCACGCUGAGCGGCCGGAGGUCAAUCGACGCGGGAACGGGUCGAAGACAGUCUCUCUCCGACCGCAGACCGACAGUCGACCUGACCGAGGUCGAGCGCCAGGACCGGGUCGUCAACUCGAAGCCGCACGGGCUGUACGAGAAGUUCAGGCUGGGCCUGCUCAAGUAUCACUCUGAGAAUGAGCGAGAUCGCAAUGAGGCCCAAGCUAUGAAGUUUAGUAUGCGAGCUGACCCCAGGUACAUCGAAGCGUGUCGCGAGAGCGAGUGCAUACAGGUGCUCCAGCCGCACGUCGCAGAGAUCUGGCGAUUGACGUACGUGACUCCUCCGCCAACGAGCCCGCGCACUUUCGUCGUGCUCGUGUUGUCACGAGAGCUGGUAUCGUCGCCUCACGGCGAGCGAUGCUUCAUGAACAUCUCGCUCCCGUUCGACCACCCCGAUGUGCCCGAGAAGCAGCACGACGAAGCGCACAGAGUGCGGGGGAAGUACGUCUCGGUCGAGCGCGUGAAGGAGCUGAACGACGGCGCUGCCGUCGAGUGGCGCACGGCGACCUCUUCUGAUGCCGGCGGCAACAUUCCCCGCUUCGUCACCAACGCCUCGCUCCCCAAGAGUCUCGCCGAGGACGUGCCGAGCUUCCUCCGCUGGGCUGUGAAGCGGUGGCCGCCCGAGGGACCGCAGGAGGGCGCGGACGGGUUCACGCCUGGUGCUACUGCGCCGCUGCAGGCUGUUCCGUCGCGCUAA